AUGUAUGACUACCAGCGCGUGCCAGCUUCCCUACCUCCCCUGUCCCAGGGACCUAGCCUGGCCAAACGACCCCGCUCCUCCUCCACUUCCUCUGGGCACAGACGUAGCCGAGACAGGCCCCCCUCCAAGAGCUCCAGAGCCCACUCCACCAGCUCCAACAGGGCCAAGUUGCGGAUGGAGGAGCUGCAGGUCAUUAAGAGGGAGCUGACUCUGAUAAAGACACAGAUUGACGGGCUGCUCGACAACCUGGACAGGAUGGACACACAGAGGCGGGACCACACAGGGUCUCCCGUGAGGGAGGGCAGUUUGGCCGGGUCACCGUACCCCCCCUCCGCCAGCAGCGGUGACCGCUCCCCCUCCCCCCUGUCCCCCCCACGCCGCUGCAUCCAGAGAGAGAGCCCCGAACUCGGGGAGGCCAGCGACGAUGAUCACACGAUGAAUAACCACAGCUCUGACCCUGAGGACGAGAUGUGAGGAUGGAAACAGAGAAGAAACGGAGGAGCGCCAGACAUAGAGGAAGAGAACAUCUUGUCAAGAAGUUACCAUGCCAACAACUGAUUCAGAGGCCCCACUCCUGUCUAACCAACCAGUUACAUUGUAUUCUAUAUCCACAUAUACAUCAACAGCACACAUACAAGGACACACUGUAAUUAUAGUUUAUCAGAAAUCAAGUAUCUCCCUUGGAUAUUCACCACUGAGAUCAGCUUAGAUUACACACACAUUUUAUAUGUAGAGUGUAAUUAUUAACCAGAACAGGAAAGUGAAAUAAUUUUUAUAUUCAUAAUUUUCUUAUGUUCUUUUUAGCCCGUCUUCAUAUUUUCCAGAAAAACAUUCUGAUUACCAGUUCGUAUAAAUUUGACAUGCAUAUUGAGAGACUGACGGUAUCUGAAAUGAGCAUACUAUAGAUGUCGCAAUCAUAGUUUUUCGGUGACUUGAGUUACUUUGUUUUCUGUAUAUCAUAUCACUACCAGAGCAUGAGUCCAUCAGU